AUCUCUUGCAGAAGACUGGCUUACCAUCAAGGCUACCACCGAAGAACAUAUUCUACUUGAUCACGGCCUUCAGCUGCUCGACAUGCUUCAAUACAAGGAACAAGAUUGCUUUAGGCGUUCAGCGCUUUCUCUCAGGAAAGGAUGCCAAGCCCUUUCCCUGACAGAAACAGACACUAUUCGAUACGCUGUCCUGUUAACGUUAUGUGAAUUGUCGACCGCCAAAAUUCCCAUUCCUCAACAGUGUCAACACGCUGAUAGUUUAUCUGAUAAUCAACUUGAAUCAUGCAUCAUGACAUUCGCAGCCGUGCCACAAAUGUGGACUUCAUACAGCGGAUACUUUCGUGAUGUGGUUUCCAUGUGUUUCGCUGUUCGUUAUCCCAUAGAGCGCGAAUUGUUGGAGACGUUGCAUGAAAAAAUUACCAUGAAUCAGCUCAAGAACUAUGAAUUGCUACGUGCCCAGCAGCAGGAUUUAAGCGAUUGGCAUCAACAGGAAACGGAACAAAUUCAUGUCAUCCAGCAUGCUCAGAAGCAACUUCACCAAGACCUUGUCGAUAUAGGGUCUAUUCAACAGCGGGUUUUCCGUAAUAUCUCUGAGUGGAUGCAGAUGAUCGUGGUCCAACAAGAACAAGCCGAAGCUGUGUGGAAAGAGCAUGAUAAAACGAUGCGUCGUCAUAUGGAGGAAGGGGAAGCCGUUCUAGAAACCUUUAUGAAUCAUGCGGAACAAGCGAUGACAAUGAUUUUCAUCACCAUGGAGCGUAAUAUGGCGCAUCUGCAUGCAAAUGCACAGUUAACCCUGAAGCUUCAAAAUGACGCCUUUAAUCGAUGGGAACAGUUUGAGACGAUGCAAUCUGUAUUUGCGUCCCGCGUCAAGGAUGACGUCCACAUGGUGAAUCAAACAUUAUCCGAUUUAUUGAACGAAACAAGCCAGGAGAUCCAGGACAUGCAAAAGGAGAUGGAAUCAUUGCAUACCCAGUUGUCUUUCGCUUUUGCGCCCGUACAACGACUUGUCAAAACUCUUAAAUUCUCGUAUGAUGUGGUGCGAACCUGGUUCCGUAAGAAAAAUCUUUUCGGUUAUUUUGUUCGCUUGGUUUGUUGUUGAUUUUACCCACCGAAAAUAGGUUUCCGGAAACUAUGGAUCUCUGUCUCAUCCAUGCUCUUAUCGCUUGGAUGUAUUCGGUUGCCGCUGCAUCUUG